GCCAAACAAAUUCUUCUCUCUAAACCUCCCCACCCCCCUUUCCAAUAUUUCAAAGCCCAGCAAUGCCCCCAAACAAGGUUCGCUUCUCGCCCACCGUCUCCCGAUCCCACACCCCACCGCGCUCACCUUCGCCAACUUCCUCCAACCCAUCAAUCCUCUAUAACACCGAUGAUGACCCAGAUUCCGACGACGAUGAUUCCCUGCACCGGAGCCUCCUUCCGACAACAGCACGGCUGCCGGUGCGCCGGCGCAGACGACUGGGUAAGCAGAACGUAUGCAUGAGGUUUGGAAUGACGGUCUUGCUGGCUGCGGCUUUACUGGGCUUGGGGGUUUUGUUCGGAGUUAUCUUUUGGGAAAAUGAGGAGGGGAUUGGUGCGUUUUCCUUCGGUCCUGGGGGGUGAAGGUCGCGAUCGGGGGGAAGGGGGAUUAUCGGGGUCUGAGAUCAGGGAAGAAGGGCUGACGGAAGGUGCGCCGGGUCCGGGGUGCAGUCGACGAUGGCAUUCUGGUGGACGCCCCGAGGGGGGCAGUCAGUAGUGAUGUGGGACCCUCUCCCCUGAUCGUUCGUCCGAAGAUUUGGUUGGCGGGGGGAUGUGUGCUGAUCCUGUGUGAUGCGCUAGGUUCUUGCCUGUUCGAGAAUUGGUGUGGGGCUUUUGAAGAAGGGUGGGAAUGCGGUCGAUGCUGCCAUCGGUAUCAAAGCUUCUAUAUUUGCUCUGGCUAGGUUGCGGUGCUGAUGGACGUGCAAGGGACCGCGGUAUGCAUCGGGGUUGUGAAUAGCUUUGCCAGCGGUAUCGGCGGUGGGGGGUUCAUGGUUGUGCGCGAGGGUAAUGGGCGAUCUCAAGCUUACAAUUUUAGAGAAACGGCGCCGGGAAGUGCUUCUCGGGAUAUGUACAGUGGUUUGUCCUCUUCCUUCUACGGUGCCUUAUCGUAGGGUCCCGGUUAGGGCACCGGCUGACUGGGUAUACUAUCGUACAGCCGAUCCACUGGGGGCACGGGUUGGCGGUCUUGCGGUUGCGAUCCCCGGAGAAGUCCACGGAUACGCUACGGCACAUGCCCGGUCUGGCCGGAUACCCUGGCAGGAUAUUUGGCAGCCGUCGAUAGACUUGGCGAGAAGAGGUUUCCACAUCCCGCCGACGCUGGCAGCAAUAAUCGCCAAGGAGGCACCAUUCUUUCAACAACACAGGGAAGAAUGGGGAUUUUUGUUUAACCAGGACACCGGCGAGCUCUUACAGGUUGGGGAGCUUAUGAAGAGGGAGUCGUACGCGCGCACACUUGAGGUUAUUGCUGGCAAGGGGGAGUAUAGUCGCGGUGGGGUUUAUUCCGGGGUGAAGCAGUUCUAUAACGGGAGUAUUGCAGAGCAAAUCGUUGAGGCUGCGAACAAGCAUGGGGGUAUAUUGACUACUGAAGACUUUUCGAGGUAUUUUACGGUCGUCGAGGACACGCUCAAGACGAGCUUUUGCGGACGGCAGGUUAUUACCUGCCCACCCCCCUGCAGGUAUGUCUAGCAGGUCUGGCGCUUCGGGUAUAUGGGGGACGCUUUUCUAAUCGAAUUGGUUGGUGGGUUGCAGCGGAGCUGUGUUGAUCGAGGGGUUGAAUAUUGCUGAAAGGCUGGAUAUGGGCGAUCCCGAUAAGUCAAUAUCGUACCAUUAUUUAGUGGAGUAUGCACUUUCGUUUCACAAACAUGGUGAGAUGGACUAACUGCUCGCGAUGCAGGACAAUGAAGUGGAUAUCAGCAGGGCGCACCGAACUGGGAGAUCCUGCGGACCCAGUGGUGGCAUCCAACUCCGAGAGGAUACACCAACUGCAAAGCAAAUCCUAUGCAGAAGCCGUUCGAGCGAACAUAUCCGCUGACACCACCUAUUCGUGGGAGCACUACAAUCCGGCAUACGAGCCGGUAGAUCCCAAGGGAACCUCGCACCUGUCCGUGCUGGACAACGAUGGGAAUGCCGUAGCCCUCACCACCACCGUGAACCUGUACUGGGGCGCCAAAGUCCAUGACCCACAAACCGGGAUCGUCCUAAACUCGGAGAUGGACGACUUUUCUAUCCCUGGUCGCUCAAACGCGUAUCGUCUCGAGCCGUCGGUAUAUAACUACAUCAUCCCCCGCAAGAGGCCCCUAUCAUCCACCACUCCCACAAUCAUCAUCGAGGAGGACGGGGCGCCCGGACUCGUCAUCGGCGGCUCGGGUGGCUCGCGAAUUGUCACAGGCGUAUUCCAGGCGAUCGUGAAGAAUUACCUAUGGGGAUAUGGUCUUUUGGACACCAUCAAGAGUCCUCGGUUGCACCACCAGUUGAUUCCCGAGGUGGUGACUGCCGAGAGCGGCACGGAGAAAUGGAUCCUUGAAGGCCUUGAGGAGCGUGGUCACGUCGUUGAACAAAGGGGCAUCGGGGAAGCGUCAGGCGGGAGCGUCAUCCAAGUGGUGAAGGGUAUGGCCAGCGGCCGAGUGGAAGCUGUGGCCGAUUGGUGGAGAAAAGGAGGUGUAAGUCCCCCCCCCCUUUCUUCCUUCCUCUCCCCCCUUUGCCGUUUUUCGCCUUUGCUUCCCUCCGUCCCCCCACCGAUCGAUUUGGGUUCUUAGUGCGGACGUCGCCGGGGUCACUUUUUCUACUCUGUCCCGUUUAGCACAGCAGUCGAUCGGACAGGGCUGAUUGCGUUCUUCAGAGAGCCGCCGGGUAUUGAAUUGAACGCGUACCAGUGUGAUAAGCCCGCGGGGGUGGGGUAA